UCUUAAGCCUCUCAAUUCCUCGCUGACUGCGGAGAAAAGAGAGAAAAAAAUCGACAUGGCGAACAAAGAGCAAGGCAGCGUCUUGAAAGCUCUUGACAAUAAAAAGGCUACAUGGUUCCACGUGACGACGGUUAUAAUCUCCGGUAUGGGUUUCUUUACGGACUCAUACGAUCUCUUUGUGAUAUCUCUCGUCACGAAGCUCCUCGGCCGGAUCUACUACCACAACCCUGGCUCCUCCUCUCCGGGAAGCCUCCCUGACGGCAUCUCUGCUGCCGUGAGCGGUGUUGCCUUCGCCGGAACGUUUAUCGGACAGAUAUUCUUCGGGUGUCUCGGUGACAAGCUCGGCCGUAAGAGAGUCUACGGCCUGACUCUCGUGAUCAUGACCUUAUGCUCGAUUUGCUCUGGUCUUUCCUUUGGCAGCGAUCCCAAAACCGUCAUGUUCACGCUCUGCUUCUUUCGCUUCUGGCUUGGGUUUGGCAUCGGUGGUGACUACCCUCUCUCGGCUACCAUCAUGUCCGAGUACGCCAACAAACGUACACGUGGCGCGUUCGUAGCGGCUGUUUUCGCCAUGCAAGGGUUUGGGAUCUUGGCCGCGGGGUGUGUUUCGUUAAUCGUGUCUGCCAUAUUCGACCAUAAGUUUCCGUCUCCAGCCUAUAUGGUCGACCCGUCCGCCUCGACCGUCCCGCAGGCAGAUUACGUGUGGAGGAUCAUUCUCAUGUUGGGCGCUGUACCGGCUCUCUUGACUUACUACUGGCGUGCAAAGAUGCCUGAGACGGCUCGUUACACUGCUCUAGUCGCUAAGAACACGGAGCAAGCGGCUUCGGAUAUGUCCAAGGUUCUCGAUGUAGACAUUGAAGCAGCUUCCGCGGAGCAUGACCUGGCUAGGGUUUCUUCAGACGAGUUUGGCUUGUUCUCCAAGAAAUUCCUCCAACGUCACGGACUUCACCUACUAGGAACAGCCACCACGUGGUUCCUCUUGGACAUUGCUUUCUACAGCCAAAACCUCUUCCAGAAAGACAUCUUCACAACCAUUGGUUGGUUACCCUCGGCGAAAACAAUGAACGCAAUCCAAGAGCUGUACAAGAUCGCUAAGGCACAAACCCUAAUUGCUCUUUGCGGCACCGUUCCUGGUUACUGGGUGACCGUAUUUUUAAUCGACUGGAUGGGACGGUUCAAGAUUCAGGUUGUUGGAUUCUCCAUGAUGACGGUUUUCUUGACUUGUCUAGCCAUACCAUACCACCAUUGGACCUUACCGAAUAACCAAAUCGGUUUCAUAAUUCUCUACACUCUCACGUUUUUCUUCUGCAAUUUCGGACCUAACGCAACUACUUUCAUUGUCCCGGCUGAGAUUUUUCCAGCGAGGCUCAGGUCUACUUGUCAUGGUAUCUCUGCGGCUUCCGGUAAAGCCGGUGCAAUGGUUGGCUCUUUUGGUUUUGCUGCUUUGGUGAAGGCUGUGGGGAUGAGGGUAACCUUACUGAUCAUGGCGGGAAUCAGUUUUGUUGGCUUGUUGUUCACGUUUCUUGUUCCGGAGCCUAAAGGAAAAUCGCUUGAGGAGCUUUCCGGCGAAGCUCAACCGGAGAAAAUCUAG